GUUUUGGCUUCACCAUUUCCGAAGGCCACAACGGCCAGAAGGUGAAAAAGAUUCUCGACCUCGAGCGAUGCUGUUCCCUUCGCCAGGGCGACAUUCUCCUCUCCAUCAACGGCAUCGACCUGACGACGCUGCUGCACCACAACGUCGUGGAGACGUUGAAGCAGUGUCAGAUAGACACGCCCACAGAGUUUAUCAUCAAACGGAAGAAGCCUCACUACAACAACGCCCAUUUCACCCAGCCAAAGUCAUCACCCCUGCCAAUGGACGACGGGGAAGGGCAGCAGCAGCAGCAGCAGCAGCAGCAAUCUCCAAUAGUUGCCAGUGGAGUACUGCAGCCAAUGGACACUAAUGUGAUGGUGGAGCAGCAGCAACAGUCUCGUCCGAACACCUAUCCCAAACCAGGAAUAGGUCAACUCGGUGGUCACCCACCGCCCCCACCACUGGAAGCUUACUAUCAACAGCAACAGCAGGCAGCAGCAGCUGCUUAUGGAAAGCUGACCGGCGUCGACGGAGCUACGGCCGGGAACUACAGCGAGUACAUCCUCGCAGAGGAGGCGGCGCUGGCGGUGGGCGGAGAGCCGCCAAACGGGAAUAACACCAUCAUCGGAACGCUGUACACGGCCAAUGGGAGCGCAGUGGGCCCGGCGGCGGCGGUGAUCACUGCCGCCUCCGCCGUCGCCGCCACGGACACUGCCGAGUACGCCAACAACGGCGGCGGCCAACAGCAGCAGCAGCAGUACUACCAGCCGCAGUACGGCAGUGUCGCCUCGCUGCAGCUCUCCACCGGAAAUGGCGCCAACGGAAGUGGCGGAGGGGGAAAUGGUCAGCCCAUCUACGGGUCGCAGUACGGCGAGUACGCCUACCAGCUGCCGGUCGGCCUCAAGACUCAGUCUGGGAUGAUGAUGACGCCCGGCGAAAAGGUCCUGGAGGGCAGCCUUGACUCACAGGCCAGCGUGGUGGCGGCCAACUUUGACGCCAGCAGCUACGAUCCAAUUGACUUUGAGUACCUGCAGGUGACGCUGAGUCGAAAUGAAAACGGCUUUGGCUUUCGCAUCAUCGGCGGCUCUGAGGAGGGCUCCAAUGUGGCCAUUGGCUCCAUCGUCAUCGGCGGUGCCGCCUUUCAGGAUGGCGUUCUGAAAGCGNACUCACAGGCCAGCGUGGUGGCGGCCAACUUUGACGCCAGCAGCUACGAUCCAAUUGACUUUGAGUACCUGCAGGUGACGCUGAGUCGAAAUGAAAACGGCUUUGGCUUUCGCAUCAUCGGCGGCUCUGAGGAGGGCUCCAAUGUGGCCAUUGGCUCCAUCGUCAUCGGCGGUGCCGCCUUUCAGGAUGGCGUCCUCAAGGCAGGUGAUGAGAUCAUCUCCAUCAAUGAGACCAAUGUGGUCGGCUCCAGUCACCAGGAGGUGGUGCAGCUGAUGUCGCAGACUGGACCGGCAGUGAGGAUUGUCAUUCGAAGGAAGAAGUACUUCAACGCCUACGACGUCACACUGUACCGCCACGACUACGAGGGCUUUGGCUUUGUGAUUAUCAGCUGCGGCAACUGCGCCCUCAUUGGGCGCAUCAUCGAGAACAGUCCGGCACACCGGUGUCAGCGGCUGCACAUACGCGACCGAAUCAUCGCCGUUAACGGCGCCGACGUCACCAAUCUCUCCCACCCGGAGAUUGUCAACAAAAUUAAGGAGUCAGGCGACACCCUCCACCUGCGCAUCAUCCCCGGCGACAGCUACACGGUGGAGCUGAUUCGCGGCCCCAGCGGCUACGGCUUCUCCAUUCGCGGCGGCGCAGAGUACAACGGCAUGCCGCUCUUCAUUCUCGCCAUUGCCCCAAAUGGCCCGGCCACCUCGCUGCUGACGGUCGGCGAUGAGAUACUGGAGAUCAACGACUUCCCCACCACCGGACUGACACAUUCAGAGGCGGUCCGGCUGAUCAGCCAGGGCGGGCCGUCGGUGAAGCUGCGGCUGCGGCGUAACCUGACCGCCGGCGGCCUCAAUGACCUCUUUCCUGUGGGGAACAACGGUGGCCCUAUCGGUUCCG